UCUAGAACUCGUUCUGGCUCUUUAUCACCCUCAACCUGAUAACGACGCGACUAUAAUCUUUUUGAUACGGUGCAUGAGAAUUAUCAGUCUCAGUUCGCCACUAUGUUGGCUCUUCGCGACCAGGAAAACCUGGUAAACACCCACCAGACUGCCGCGGCAGCUAAGCCCUUGAACCAAAGCAAGCAGCUAGCACCCAAGACCCCCGGCAAGCCACGAAAUGACGAGAACAACCCGUUGGCAUUUGGAAAUCGCACGGUGAAGGGCAAUGGGAAUCGCCAGGAGAAUGGAAAACCGGGCAACAACGCGUUCAUGACUCCGAUGGUGAAGGACCGCGCUCCUCUGGGCAUGAAAACGACCAAUCUCAAAGCCAACAACCUCCAGACGCCUGCGCCCUUUGGAGGAACCACCAAGCAACCGAAGACAAACCGCAGACUGUCGACUGCCCAGAAGAUCAGAAAAGCUGCUCCAGUGACACAGCAAGCUCAGACCAAAGUCCACAUUGACGCCGCUGUGGAUGAUGUACCGGAUAUUGAAUACAUGCCGCCGAAGCCUAGAGAUCUUCCGGACCUUCCAGACGAUGUGACAUAUGAUACUACAUUCCCCCAAUUCCGACCGAAGAAUCGAGCUCUGGGUUUGGAGAGUGUUUACGGAAAGCAACAAGUUGGCAGUGAUGGACUCACAGCAAAACAGCGCAAGUUCAAGGAGGAUUCGGCGGCGUGUGACAGGAUGGUGGAUGAUAUGAUUAUGAAACAACUCGAGGACAUUGGUUUUGAGAGCUCCAGUGAGAGCGAGUCCGUAAAGGCACUUCAGCCAAAUGCGAUCCCAUCAAAAAGACCUACAACCACACGACACACUCGCAGUGUGUCGACGCUUCGAGCCCGUGACGCUGUCGCUGCGCUUGGCGGAUCCCAGCCGACUGCUGCACCUCGAGUGGCUUCAACCCCCAAACCACGGGUGGCGUCGUUGGCAUCGUCACUGGUUAUGCCCAAGAGGCACGCCAGGGUCCCGUCUAACCCUUCUUCCAUGCGCAACACUGCUGCUGCAGUCAACUCUCGGACGACCGUUGGCUAUUCUAAGGGACGCAGUGUGUCGUCCACCCUACGGGAGAAGCAAUCCCAAACGCAGAGGCCCUCCAGCUCUCAAGUCCUGUCUCCCGAAACUUAUAUGCAGCUGUAUGGACCCCCUCCGCUGGACUCGGAAAUGUGGACUCGUUGCAAAGCUGCUGGAUGCUUCGAUUCCCCGGACGAGAUCACCCAGGAACCGGAAGAACCACUGCCCACGUUUGACGAAGAUGAUGAGGCCCAGAGCUUCCAGCUCACUCUGUAGGGGUCCAUUACGAAAGAUACUCAGCAUCGAAAGGGGAUUACAAUUUUACUUCACUAUGAUUAUUGAUUUGGCAUAUGGAGAUCGGCAUUGGCUCAUAGGAAUUGGCGGGAAGCCGAAGGAUCCUGGCGUUAUGGAAUAGUGUUAAUGUACUUGUAACUGGAUAGCUUGCCGUUCAACCGCGGAUCAUACUGUUUCAGGCGUUCUCCACUCUCAUGAUGAUCCUUUGCCAAGCCACAGAGAGGCGAGGCCACACAUGCAUGUCCGUUAGGGACCACGUAGACAGUACCGGAUUCUAGGAAAGUGUGAUUCCUCGGCAUUCGCUGCUAAUGAC